GGCCCCGCCCCGGGCCCGCCCCCGCGAGUGCGGCUUCAGGCAGCGCACGCCCACGGUCACGUGACUGAGCCAAGAUGGCGUCGUCUGGCUUGCUGUGGCUCUUGGCUGCAGCUCUCCUGCCCUGGUCCUGCCAGGCUCGCGCACUGGAGAAUAUCGACCCGCCUGCACCGUUGCCGCUGGUGAUCUGGCAUGGGAUGGGAGACAGCUGUUGUAAUCCCAUGAGCAUGGGUGCUGUUAAAAAAAUGGUCGAGGGGAAAAUACCUGGAAUUUACGUUUUAUCUUUAGAGAUUGGAAAGAACAUCAAAGAGGACCUGGAGAACAGCUUCUUCUUGAAUGUUAAUUCCCAAGUAAAGACAGUGUGUCAGAUUCUUGCUAAUGAUCCUAAAUUGCAGCAAGGGUACAACGCUAUGGGAUUCUCCCAGGGAGGCCAAUUUCUGAGAGCAGUGAUUCAGAGAUGCCCGUCACCUCCCAUGAUCAAUCUGAUCACAAUUGGGGCACAGCAUCAAGGUGUUUUUGGAUUCCCUCGAUGCCCAGGAGAGAGCUCUCACAUCUGUGACUUCAUCCGAAAAACGCUGAAUGCCGCAGCUUACUCCAAAGUUGUUCAGCACGGCCUGGUACAAGCAGAAUACUGGCAUGAUCCCAUAAAAGAGGAUGUAUACCGCGAGCGCAGCAUUUUCCUGGCAGAUAUCAAUCAGGAAAGGAGCGUCAAUGAGUCUUACAAGAAGAACCUGAUGACCCUGAAGAAGUUUGUGAUGGUGAAAUUCCUCAAUGAUAGCAUUGUGGACCCUGUAGACUCUGAGUGGUUUGGAUUUUACAGAAGUGGUCAAAGCAAGGAGACUGUUCCGCUACAGGAGACCACUCUGUAUAUAGAGGACCGCCUGGGCCUAAAGGAAAUGGACAAAGCUGGAAAGCUGGUAUUUCUGGCUACAAAAGGGGACCAUCUUCAACUGUCUGACAAAUGGUUUUAUACUCACAUCAUACCCUUCCUUGAAUGAAGCCCUGUUUCUAAUAGAGCUCAGGGAGUUCCUAACUCUCCAAACCCACUUGAAAGUUUUCUUCCUGCCCAAUUCUGAGCUCAGAUCAGCUUGCUGCUAAUCCUUCUUUUGUUAUCAUCUAACAUGCCCUACUUGGAAAGAUCUGAAUCUUACCCUUUGCUGCUUCCUAUCACCAUAUGGUGUUGAAUUCAAGUUUAAUUAGUUAAUAACUAGGGGGAUUGUCUUACAACCUUGUAGUCAGGCUGCUUCAGGAAAGGGAGUCUGCUAUGUAUUAGUGCCUGAACUGUCCAGGCCCAAAGGAGACUGAACCAAAUAAAGCAGUGGGAGUAAACAUCUGGCCACAUUUGAGGCAAAUAGAAGGCCAGGGCCAAGGUGUGAGGUGCUGCGUUCAUACUGUCUCAUUGUUACUGGUAGAUUUAACUAGUGCUUGGAAAGAUAGUUUGGGAUGGUUUUUUUUUUUUUUUUUUUUUUUUUUUGGGUACCGGGGAUUGAACUCACAACCUUGCGCUUGACAGGCAAGUGCCUAUGCCACUGAGCUAAAUCCAACCAGUUUGGGGUGUUUUUAUGUCAUUUUUUUGAGGCUGUUUUCUUGAGUCCUGUUGUCUCCUGUGGUGUCUUAGCAAUUACUAGUCGCAUUCCGCAAGCCUCACAUUACCUCUCCAGAGCUCAUUUUGUCUUCUCAGGUAGUGAUGAAUUAGUUGCUCUAUUACCAAAGGAAUAGUAGUUCUCAUUGAGGUUGCUUUAGGGCGGAAGUAUAGCAUACAUCUUGCAUAAUUUAGGACAUUGGGGAUCGGGUGGUGAUGAAACAGACUUGGUGAAAAUGAGGCAGCUGGUGCUUCCUGCUUCGUCCUUUAUCACUCUACCUUUACUUUGCGCCUAGUAGCCUGGAUGCUAAUCACUGGCUGGUUUUAGCACAGAAAUAGGGGGACAACAUAAAGAUACCAGGCUUUCUGACUUCUGUCCCCAAAACCAUACUGACCAGCAUCCUCCAAACUGAUACUGUUACGUUCUAUGUGGAAAAAAAAAAACCUUUGAAUAAGCAGGAAGCUUGAGGCAGGAUGAUUAUGUUUUGAGUCUAGCUGGGACUUUUUUUUUUUGAGACUAGGUUUCAGUAGUUCAGGCUGGCAUUGAACUCCCAGUGUUCCUCCUGCCUCUGCCUCUCAAAUGCUGGGAUCACAUUUAUGUGCCACUGUGCCCAGCUAGCUCAGCUGGGGCAAUUUAAGACUAUCUCAAGAUACAAAGGUUUGGGGAUGUAGCUCAGUGGUACAGUAAUUUCCUAGGAUGUAUAAGGCCCAGGGCUCAAUUCCCAGGACCUAAAAAAAAAAACAAAACAAAAAAAACACUUAAAUGAUUAUUCUUUACUUCUUUCUCUCACCUCUUUGAGACUUAACUCACAUUAGACUGAGGACUGAGAAUUCCUUAGUGUUAGUAACGAAACUAACCAUUAAUCUACCACUUCCUACCUUUCUUGAGCAUGAAGUCUUAUGUCCCGCUUGAAGACCCACCAACACAUUUUGGAUGACUUCUGUAGAUUCUGAGUUUGGAGAAAUGAUCAAGCUACAUUUUCAUGAAAGUACUGCAGAGUUAAUCCUUUGUGAUAGUUCCUUUUCCUCUCAAGUCUUAAACUAAAAGAUGUGAGUUAAAGACAAGAACAUGGGGAGGGGUGUGAAAAUAAUUUUACGAGAAUGUCUAAAAUAAAGAGUAGUUUCUUA